CUUAAUGAGUCUGACAAAUAGGGAAAUCAAGAAAAUUAAUAAAAAAUGAGAAUAAUAUAGUAUCAACAUCAAGAAUUUAAAUACUAGAUUUUAUAUUAAUAGUUAUAUGACGUGAUAUAAUUCAAUCAUAAAUGAUGUAUAUUUUGCUCUCUCUAUAAUUGUAGUAAAUAGUAAGUUCAGUUUUUGUUGGAGAAACAGUUUAUGUAUCACUUGAUAUAGGGAAUGAUUGAGAGCGGGGAGGGUAAUUCUAUUUAGCUAUUCUUUUGUAUGGUAAAAGGGGUGACUCCUAGUUCAAGAGCUAUAGGGUGAG